AUGAAGAAUGAAUGUUGGCAAAAACCUGUUGAAAGCGAACUUCUUGCCUUGGAAGAAAAUCAGACAUGGGAUAUAGUGUCAUGUCCUCCAUCUGUUAAACCCUUAGGCAUCAAGUUUGUGUUCUCUAUAAAGCUACAUUUGGAUGGCUUCAUAGACCAUUAUAAGGCGCGACUGGUUGUGCUUGGAUACAAGAAAGAGUAUGGCCUAGACUAUGAUGAGACUUUUGCUCCAAUUGCCAAGAUGACCACUAUGCGCACUAUCCUUGCUCUUGCUGCAUCCAAAUCUUGGCCAUUACAUCAAAUGGAUGUCAAAAAUGCAUUCCUCUAUGGUGACCUUAAGGAAGAAGUUUACAUCACACUUCUUGGUGGUAUGUCGACCCUCUCCCCGAAUAUUGUUAGCAAAUUGAAACGCUCUUUAUAUGGAUUGAAGCAGCCCCCAAGAACUCCUAAAGGCAUCAUCGUACUUCUUGUUUAUGUGGAUGACAUUGUGGUCACUUGUUCUGAUCAAGAUGCUAUUUCUAGAAUCAAACAAAUGUUGCAUUCAAAUUUUCACAUGAAAGAGUUAGGCUAUCUCAAUUAUUUCUUGGGUUUAGAUGUGCAUUACCAUCUUGAAGGCAUUUUCGUAAACCAGCAUAAAUAUAUUCAAGAUUUGGUCCAGCUAGCGGGACUCACCAAUGUUGCCCCUGUUGACACUCUAAUGGACGUUAAUGUUAAAUAUAGGCGACAUGAAGGAGAGCUUCUUGACGAUCCCAGUCAAUAUCGAAAACUACUUGGUAGUCUCAUCUAUGUGACCAUCACUCGCCCUGAUAUUUCUUUUGCUGUACACACUGUUAGUAAGUUCAUGCAAUCUCCACAACACUUUCAUUUUUCAGUUGUGCAGCGUAUCCUUAAAUAUCUCCUUGGCACUUCAAGUCGUGGUUUAUUCUUUUCUGGUAAUUCAUCUCUUCAACUCCAAGCUUAUAGUGAUGAUGAUUGGGCUGGUUGUCCAGACACUAGGAGAUCAACUACUGGCUGGUGUAUGUUCCUAGGGAAUGCUCCUAUUUCAUGGAAAUGUAAGAAACAAGAUUCAGUCUCAAAGUCAUCUACUGAAGCAAAAUAUCGCACAAUGUCUGCUACUUGUUCUGAGAUAAUAUGGCUACGUGGUCUUCUUACAGAGCUUGGAUUAUUUCAAGCACAACCAACUCCACUUCAUGCUGAUAACACCAGUACCAUAUAG